AUGCAGGGAGGUGCACCCAACAACGGAAAUCCGUACGCCGGAUACCAGCGCGGCUACCCGCCGCAGGAUGGUAUGCAAGGAUACCCGCAGCAGGCGGGCCGCGGCGGUGGCGCCGGUUACUAUGCGCCGCAGGUCCAGCAGCCGCCGCAGCCGCAGCCGAUGGCCUCCCAGCCGAUGGCCUCCCAGCCGAUGGCCUCCCAGCAGAUGGCCUCCCAGCAGAUGGCCUCCCAGCAGAUGACCUCCCAGCCGCCCCAGCAGGUGGCUGCGCAGCAGUACAGAGGUUACAGCCAGGCUUACAACCAGUCAUACGCUGCACGCGGUGGUUACCAGCCGACACCACCUCAGCAGCAGGCACAGCUGCAGCAGGGAUAUGCUUCUCGCGGUGGCUACUACCAGGGCGGUGGCGCCUACGGUGGCGCCGGUAUCCAGCAGGGGUACCCCGGUGCUGCGGCUCCGAUAAGCCGCGGCGGCUAUGGGCCGGGCUACGGGCCGGGCUACUACCCAGUUCAGCAGCAGCAGGGCUACUACAACCAGGGCUACAACCAAAACCCCAACUACACGCCGGCAGCGCGCGGUGGCUUCCAGGGCGGCGCGUACGGCGUCCAGCAGCAACCGCAGCAACCACAGCAACCACCACAACAACCACAGCAGCAGCAGCAGCAGCAGCCCUUAAGCCAGCAGUACGGUCGCGGCGGGCGUGGCGGGCCGGGUGGGCUACAGCGUGGCGGUCGCGGCGGUGGUCGUGGUCGUGGUGGGCGUAUGUUCGAGUCGUAUGCCGUCGUCCACCUCGACAGCUACGCGCAACUGGAGGAGGUCGGCCGCAAGGGGGCGACGGAGACGAUCGUCGCACCGGAGGUGCUCUCUGCAAUGCGUUCGCGUGCGCGCGGUAGCACGAUUCGGGUACUCGUCGUAAUCCAGAAGAAGUACGCCGCCGCCUGCCUGUCUAUCCCGCGCGGUCCCGAAGACACUCUUCUGUCGGAAAAGACAGCUGAGACGUUCGUGGGGGUUCCAUGCGUGAUCGUUGGGCAUGCUGAGCGCCUCAUCGACCUGGCCAACGGUGCAGCUAUCCAGGGUGCCGUGUUCAGCACCUUCCGCUCCCUCAUGAUGCUCUUGACGACCUUCGACAAGCCGCAGACAACGCCGGCAGAGGGUGGGCAGCCAGUAAACGUGCAUGAUAAGACCCGCGAUGAACUGCUGGAGGCCAUCACGAAGGACAUCGCGACGUACGAAGCGCUGAUGACCGAGAUGGCGGCCGACUCGGAUGAGUCCACGAGGCUUUUCAGCCAUCUCAUGCGCCUCUCGGAUGCCGAGGUAGAUGGCCCACAGCAAGGCGAGGCCCACGAGGAGGGCGCGGACGCUGACGUAGGUCACAACGAAGGCGAGGAGGGCGAGGAGGGCGAAGAGCAAAAAGCGGCGGUCGCUGAAAAGCCCGCUGAGGGCGCCGCUGCCCCCAAGAAGAUGGUGAAGCGCACGCUCAUGUCAUCGCCGCAGGGUAUCCGCAUCCUGCGCGCUGCUCUCACCGUCAGCAGAAAGCGACAGGUCUUCUUUGAUAAGAUCGUGCCGCCGCCGCCGAACCCGGAAGCCAACCCGCUUAACCGCAUCGAAUGGAGCUCCUCGCUGCGGCUCAUCGACCCGCUGUUGCACUACCCGCUUCUGUCAGACCUAGUCUUCCAGUUUUUCGGCGUUGUCCCGGUCGGUGGGGAGGCUGCGAAGCCGGCGAAGGCGAAGGCACAAGAGGUAAAGGCAUUGUGCGACGCAAUCGCCCGCUACGGUGUACAGCUGACCAGCUCCGCCAGCUGCGGCAACACUAUACUGGCCCUGCUGCAGGCCAUGGAUCCUCAGCACGCCAAGAUCAGCGUGGCUGAGCGGGCCGCGGAGGAGACCAACAGGAAGCCUGGCCUGAAGCGCGGCCGCGAGGCGGAAGAGGGUGACGCAAAUGCCGACGACGGCGCGCAGAAGACAAAGACGGAGGAUUCGCCAGAGGAAGAGAGAGAAGCUGCGUCGGAGUCGCCGGCGGCGAAGCAGGCCCCCAGCAGCCUCGCAGAGUACAAGGCCUCGGCUGCGCCGGUGGACUGGCGUCUAUACUACGCCGUCGCCGAGUCGUGGUGCACCGGCGAGCAGCCCGUGCUGCGCCGCAAGCGCACGCGCUUCACCACGCAGGCGCAGCUGGACGCCGACGCUGCGGCGGCGGAGAAGCCCGCAACGGUCGAGUCUCGCCUGCGCUACGUUGGCCACCACCUGAUCGGUUCCUUUGUUCUACGCUACAUGACCCCUAUCUUCGCCGACGUCGUCCUUUCCGCGCUUAAGAGCCCCGCUAGCCGCAAGAAGAAGGAGCACGAUGCAUUUGUGCAGCAAUGCGAGACGAUCCUGUCCACUAUGGCAGGCGCAUGGUCGACCAACGAUGCCAGCUUCACAGGGGGAAACGUCUACCGAAACCUUCUGACAAGCCUCGCCAGCCGCGCUGUGCCCGGCACCCCCAUCGAGGCGUAUCUGCGCAAGCUGCUUGACGGCAUUGUCAACACCAUCUUCGAGUCGUCGAAGGAGAAGUACCUCUCUCACUGCGUGCAGGAGGCGCUCACGGUGGCUCGACAAACGAAAGAUGGCGGGCGCUUCACGCUGGAGGUAGCACGUGCGUUGAUGGCGAAGGCCGACGAGUCGUUCAUGAACCUCGCCAUCAGUCCCUCCGGCAACUACGUGGUGCGCCACCUGUGCGGACAACUGACGGACUACGCCACGGGCAAGGUGGCUGCCGAGUCGGAAGUGGUGGCGGAAGCCAAGGAGUUGGAGGCGAAGUAUUACACCUUCAUGACAGCCAACCUGGGGAAGCUAACCAGAAUUCAGUACGGCAGGGGUCUCGCCGGUUGGCAAAGCGAGCAGGCCGCCCGCCUCGGUGCCGCAAGCGCCCCGGGUGCGACGAGUGCGCCGUGCUCUCCCAACGCUGAGUAA